AUGUUCAAAGAAUUUCAAUUCACUUACGGUAAGAUUGAUGAAAUUAAUGUCAAAAAUCCAAAUGAAUUAAUCAGUAGUAUUACAAGUACGGCAAGUGAUGUUAUAAUGACUACAAUACAUAAUACAAUGUCUUUAUAUCAAACAACUGACAAGCAAAAAACCUAUACUCUUCUUGGUACUGAACCGGCAUGGUUGACUGUCAAAGCAAAAAAUAUUGAAAUUUUUGAAGUUAUUCCACCACAAAGUGUAGAAGCCAUAUUUCAGCGUCUGUCAGUUGGUGUUGGCAAAGGUGUUAUGAAAAUAGCAAAAAAUCCAUUUGCACAAGGUUCACUACGAUAUGCUUAUUAUGGUCAGUUAGAACCCAUCGGUUCUCCAACGGCCAAAGUGGUUUAUAAAGAAUUGAUCAAUGCUGAUCCGCAGUAUAAUACACUCCAAGUUUAUCUACAGCAUUUGGAAAUACAUACCAUAGCGCAGUUUUUAGCUACAAAAUUUAAUGAAAAACAACGUAGUGUAUUUAGUCAUCCACUCGAAGUUCUCUAUGCAGAUGCUUCUCUGGUCCGACGAAUCGGAAUUCGUACAAAAAUUUAUCAAGUUGAACCACGUCUUUAUCAAAGAAUUCAGAAAUGGAAUAAUAAUAGCGGCGGCGUAUCGUUCAAAGACUAUUCCAGUAUUCUUCAGUCAUUUUCACAUUGGACAUAUCAGUACACUGCUAAACGUUUAAUGGUCGUUGACCUACAAGGUGUUAAAACACAUGAUAAUACAUAUUUAUUAACAGAUCCAGCAAUACAUUUUCUGGAUAUAAAACGUUAUUGUGAAGCACGUACAAAUCUUGGUGUUAAAGGAAUGCGUGAAUUUUUUCGUACACAUACAUGCACUCCAGUAUGUGAAAAAUUAGGUUUGCUUAAAGUUGAAAAUAGUAUCAAUGAACAUAUAUUUAAACAAAUUUGUACAAGUAACACAGAUGAAUCAUUUCUAACCGCAUGUAACAUUAAUGAAGAUGAAGAAGGUUGUUCCACAGUAGUUAGGGAUAUUGAUCAUGAAACAUUACAUUCAGACUUUGAUUUUUUAGACACUUAUAAAUAG